AUGGAGCCUCAAGAAGGGAAACUUUUACGCUUUGUCUGGCCACUUUUGCUCAUCGCCGUCCCUCCGCUCUCGCUGGCGCGCGCCGAUCCUCCGCUCUAUUACGGGCAUGUGGUGGACGGGGCGCCGGCGGGGACCGCCGUGGCCGGACUCGUGCUGCCCGGUGGAGGCGCGUGCCGAGGCGCUUUGCGGGGCGAGCGCUCCGAGGACUUUUCUCUUUCCACCUCCGCGGACGGGCGCGGGCUCCUGCUGCGAACCGCCAAAACUUUGGAGCGCGCGCUGAAAGCGAGCUACGUGCUGCGCGCGCUGCUGCCGGGCUGCCCGGGCGCUCAGGAUGCGGUGACCGUGCGCGUGGACGUGCUGCCCGGAGGCAGGCGGCGGAGGGAGGUGGCCGGAGAGCCGCAUUACACCGUGGCGCUGGCGGAGGGCGCGAGACCCGGGGAUGCGGUGUUCACGGUGCCGGACGAGCGCUUCGUUGAGCGGCGCUUCGAGGCGCUGGCGGACGGCGGCGGAGCGGUGCGCGUGCAGCGGGACUCCGGCCGCGUGUACUUGGCGCGCGCGCUCACGGCUCCCACGCACGUUACGCUGAAAGUGCACAACGCCAGAGGUGAUGACUGGUACCUGUGCAGGCUGACUCUAACCCUGCCCAGUCUGUCUGACCUUCAGUGGGUGAUGUUUCCUCAGCCAUAUCUGGCCGCAGUGGGACCUGAUGCUGCUCCAGGCUCUGUGGUCUACAAGCUGGUGGCCCGACAUAGAGACGGCUCUCCAGGAGCACCCCAGUUCCUGCUGGUGGAUGGUGGAGAGGACUGUUUCGAGGUGGACAGAAGUUCAGGAGAAGUGAGGACGACAGGCCGGCUGCUGACCCCCAGCAGAGAGUACAUUCUGACCGUGCAGGCAGUGGACACACAGGGCAGGAAGGGCCCUCAUGCCUCAGUGGCCGUAUUGGCUGGCUUCCGUCCACCGCAGUUUACCAACACCUCCUACUCCAUCUAUGUCCCAGAGAGCACUGCAGUGGGCCAAGCGGUGGCUGUGGUCCAGGCGAUCUCCUUCCAGAGGAAGACUCUGUCCUACAUGCUGUUGGUAAACCCAGGAAACCUGUUCAGUAUAAACCAGGAGAGCGGGGCGCUGAGCCUGACUCGGGCAGUCGACUACGAAAGUGGGCCCCACCUUCACCACCUGCAAGUCAGAGCCUCCGAACCAGACACGGGCCUUAACAACAUAGCAGAGGUAGCGGUACACGUCACCGAUGAGAACGACUGCACUCCCGAGUUUAUGCACUCCAUCUACAGCAGAGACAACAUCCCCGAGACCACUCCACCUGGAACCUCUCUACUGCAGGUGCUGGCCAGAGACUGCGACACCGGUCUGAAUGCAGAGAUCUCCUACUUCAUCCAGAGUCUGGACUUCAGCGUCUCAGCUCAGGGGGUGGUGAGUCCCAGCCGGAAACUUGAUUACGAGAGGCCCAAUCACAUGUAUGAGUGUGUGGUGGUGGCUGUGGACAAGGGCACCCCCGCCCGCACCGGCACCGCCUCCAUCCGCAUCCGCAUGGCCAACGUCAACGAUGAGGCGCCUGUCUUCUCCCAGACUGUUUAUAAGACGUUUCUCUCUGAAGAUGCUGGUCCUGAGACUCUGGUGGCCAUUGUGCAUGCCAAGGACCCAGACGGGGACGGAGUGACAUAUGCCAUCACUGGGGGCAACGAGGACAGCAACUUUGAGCUGGACAACCAGAAGGGCAUAAUCAAACUGCGCCGCAGUCCUCCUCCUAAACUGCGAGGGCCACAGUAUGUCCUCAACGUCACUGCAACCGAUGACAACUCGGCCGGCGGCCCACUGCCCCUCAGCAGCUCCGCCCAGGUCAUCGUCGGCAUCAACGACAUCAACAACAACAAGCCUGUGUUUGAGGAGUGUCAUAACUACAGUUUGAACGCUCUGGUGCUGGAGAACCAGCCACCAGGCACUGUGGUCCUGCGGGUACAAGCUCAUGACGCUGACACCGGGGUUAAUGGAGAGGUCAAAUACGGAAUCAUGCAGCGAGACGGAGCCUCACCGGGCUUCACCAUCGACCCUGACACAGGGGUGAUCAGCACAGCUGUGAGUUUUGACCGUGAGCGGCAGAGAGAAUACACAUUGUCCGUCACGGCCACGGACCAGGCCGAGGAGCCACUCAUCGGCAUCUGCCAAAUCACCGUCCUCAUCGCUGACCAAAACGACAACGACCCCAAAUUUGAGAACAGCCGCUACCAGUACUUCCUGAGAGAGGACACCCCAGUGGGCACCAGCUUUCUGCGAGCGGCGGCCCAUGAUGAUGAUCAGGGCACCAAUUCAGCCAUCACUUACUCCCUGUCCCACCAGAACCCUGCCUACUUCCACAUUAAUCCCAGCACAGGAUGGGUCUACGUCAACCACCCCAUCUCACAGACGUCGAGAAUCAGUCAGCAGAUCAUUGCCACAGAUGGAGGAAAUCGCAGCAGCUCAGUGGACCUCACCGUCAUCAUCACCAACGUGCACAACCAGCCACCGCAGUGGGAACAGGCCGAGUACUGGGUCACCAUCCCUGAAAACACCGUCCGUGACAGCAAGAUAGUGACCAUAAAAGCCACCUCUCCGCUGGGUGACCCGCGUGUGACCUAUAACCUGGAGGAGGGUCAGGUGCCUGAGACUAACAUGCCUGUGCGCUUCUACAUCAAGCCCAACCGGAGGGAUGGCUCAGCGUCCAUUCUGGUAGCUGAGCCGCUGGACUACGAGAGCACGCGCUUCUUCACCCUACGCGUCCGUGUGCAGAACGUAGCAGCAGUCCCACUCGCAUCCUUCACCACAGUCUAUGUCAACAUCACGGAUGUGAAUGACAAUGUUCCGUUCUUCAUGUCGAGCACGUAUGAAGCCACAGUGCCCGAGGGAGCUGAGAUAGGCACUUCAGUGGUCCAAGUCUCAGCCUCUGACCUGGACUCUGGCCCCCAUGGCAAGAUAAAUUACAUCAUUCUAAAGGACCAGAGUGGAGACUCUCAGUUCUUCAGCAUUAACUCCUACACGGGGGUCAUCCACACCCGGGCCACUUUCGACCGCGAGCAGAAAAGCUCUUACCUGAUCGAGGUCCAGUCCCAGGACGGCUCAGAGUCGGCCCGCCCGGGGCAGCAGGGCCAGCCAAACACAGACACGGCCUACGUGAGAAUUUUUGUCACGGACGUGAAUGACAACGCUCCAGCCUUCUCUCAGCCCGUAUACGAGAUCAGCGUGGAAGAGGACAAGGAAGUGGGCUACGUAGUCAUUACCGUCACUGCUAACGAUGAAGACGAAGGUGCUAACGCCAAGCUGCGCUACCAGAUAACCUCAGGGAACACCAUGGGCACCUUUGAUGUGGAGCCAGAGGUUGGCACCAUCUUCAUUGCCCAGCGGCUGGACUACGAGCGGGUUCAGCGCUAUGAGUUACGGCUGGUGGCGUCGGAUGGGAAAUGGGAGAACCAGACAAUGGUGAUCAUCAACAUCAUCAACCAAAACGAUGAAGCACCCAUCUUCAGCCAGACAGAGUACCACGCCAGCGUGAUGGAGGAGCUGACUGAGCUGCCUGUGUUUGUGCUUGAGGUCUCAGCCACUGAUCCAGACCAGGAGGCAGACCAGAGUGCAGUGCGGUACUCACUGCAUGGACAGGGUGCUGGGAGCGAGUUCACUAUAGAGGAGCUCAGCGGGAAAAUUUAUGCUCAAAAGAGGCUUGAUCGAGAGGAUCGUUCCACCUGGAGGUUUCUAGUGCUGGCCACUGACGAGAACGGCGCUGGCCUGACUGGCUUUGCUGACGUCUUGGUGGAGGUGCAGGACAUCAACGACAAUUCCCCUAUCUUCCUGUGUGCCUCAGAUGGUUGCUUUGUGGGCCAUGUGCCUGAGAACUCUCCAGCUGACACUUCCAUCAUGGAGAUGCGAGCCACUGACCUGGAUGACCCGAAAGCUGGCAAGAACGCUGUCCUCACUUACAGGAUUGUUCAGAAUGUCCGUAACGAGAUCAAUCUGAACCUGUUCUCCAUCAACCCGGCCACAGGCACCAUCUACACAGUGUUGCGCUCCCUAGACAGGGAGGUGGAAGACCGUUACCUGGUAGUUGUGGAGGCCAGGGAUGGAGGAGGCCUCUCUGGAACUGGAACAGCCACUAUUGUUGUAUCCGAUGUGAAUGAUCAUCCUCCUGUGUUUACACAGAGGGUUUACAUGGCCACCAUGGCAGAGGACCUGGAUAUCAAUAGUGAGGUGCUAGCAGUGGCUGCCACAGAUGGGGAUGAGGGAGAGAACUCUGUGAUGACCUUCAGCAUUGUGGGUGGAGAUGAUGACCGCAAGUUCUUCAUCGAGACGGAUAAGGUGAACCGGCGGGGGAUAGUGCGGCUGAAGAAGAAGAUCGAUUUUGAGAAGCCCCAUGAGCGCACCUUCAAUCUCACAGUCAAAGUGGAGGACGCAGACUUCUUUAGCCUGUCCUACUGCGUCAUCCAAGUGGAAGACUCCAAUGACCACACACCCGUCUUCUUCCCCCAGUUCUACGAUGUAGGGUCCAUGUUUGAGGAUGUACCCGUGGGUACCAUUGUGGCCCAGGUGACUGCCGUAGACCUGGACUCAGGGCAGAAUGGAAAGUUCUCUUACAGUAUUGCCCCAGAAUCUGAUCCCUUUCAGCAGUUCCUGGUGGAUAAGAAUGGUUGGGUGGUGGUGGCAGACUCUUUGGACCGGGAGAAGGUGUCUCAGCACAGGCUGAUGGUUCUGGCCACAGACAUGGGCAGCCCUGCUCUGACAGGUUCUGCCAUUGUGCUGGUGACAGUACAAGAUGUCAAUGAUAACGGACCAGAGUUUGACGCUCCAUACCGCCCCAUUGUGUGGGAGAACACUAUUGCACCACAGGUCGUCCGUAUGAACGAUACUUCCAUUCUGCUCCACGCCAUCGACAGAGACACCUCGCCUAAUGGAGGGCCUUUUUCCAUACGCCUGCUGAUGCUCACCUCAGACGUCACAAACUUUAACCUGACGGAUCUGCGAAAUGGCAGUGCCAUGAUAACAGCCCUGCGCACUUUCGAUCGGGAGCAGCAGAAACAGUACCUCCUCCCUAUUCUGAUGAUAGACAGCGGCUCUCCUCCAAUGAGCUCCACUAACACACUGACUGUCAUAAUUGGGGAUAGGAAUGACCACCCGCAUGCACCUGGACACUCUGAGUUCAUAGUCUACAACUAUGAAGGUACUCUCCCCACGACUGUACUUGGACAAGUUCAAUCCCCUGACCUUGACGACUGGAGCGAAAAGGUUUACAAAUUCGAAGGCAAACCCCCCAGACAGUUCAUUCUGAACCAGGGCACUGGUCAGUUGAGUAUCAAGGGUGGCACCCCGGCCGGCUCGUACAGCCUGCAGGUGCGGGUGGCAGAUAAGAUUUGGCCUGACGUCACCUCCACGGCUCAGGUGAAGGUCAGGGAGCUGAAGGAAGAGGCCCUGCUCAACGCUGGCUCACUACGGUUCUCCAAUCUGACAGCAGAGGAGUUGUUCCGGAUAUCUGAUGGCAGAGAAAGUCUUUACGAGCGUCUGCAGCGUCUGCUGUCAGAGCUGUUGCAGACGGACCUGGAGAAGGUGCACAUCUUCAGUCUGGCCAGCGGCACUCAGCCCAACCGACAGCACCUCAGCGUGUGGUUCGCUGCCCAUGGCUCUCCCUACUACAAGCCUGAGAAACUCCACGGCAGUGUGGCCAUGCACAAGACCAAGUUGGAGUCAGCUCUGGGUGUGACUGUUCUCCAGGUGGGGGUGAAUGAAUGUGCGUACACAGACUGCAGUCAUGCAGGUGGCUGUUCCAGCAGGGUGACGUUCAGUGACACUCCUUCAGUUCUGAACAGUGGAAACGCCUCUCUGGUGUCUGUUUCGGCUACAGCCAGUGCUCAGUGUGGCUGCCUGGCCAGGGAGAGCAAGCAUCUGUCCUGCUCGUCCUACCCCCGCAGCCCCUGCCUCAAUGGGGGCACCUGCGUGGACAGCGAGAUGGGCUACAGGUGCAAGUGUCCCCCCAUGUUUGAUGGGCCAGAGUGUCAGCAGACUAAGCACACAUUUCUUGGCGACGGCUACGCCUGGUUCCCUCCCCUAAGGCCUUGCUUCCAGAGCCACAUCUCUCUGGAGUUCAUCACGGAGGCAGCCAACGGCCUGCUGCUCUACAACGGCCCCCUCGGCGUCCUCCAGCCUGGAGACAAAGAAGACUUCAUCUCACUUGAGUUGAAGAAGGGUGUUCCGUUGCUGAGUGUUAAUCACGGUUCAGGCACUCUCACUCUACAGCUUCCUCCUCAGGCCUCCGUCAACGACCGUCGCUGGCACCGUCUCGACAUCAUCAGCGACGGCAAGGCAUGGUACAGAGCCUUCCUUGAGAGCGCUCGAAAUCCGGAAUGUGAAACAACGUUCCAGGUGGGAAUCCACCUGAAUCGCCAAUGUGACCUCCAUGCCGGCAGCAGACAGUCCUCUUGCUUGCUGUCUCUGUAG